AUGGACCUGAAACUCAAGGCUUUACUAUAUAUAUCGCGUAUAAUGUCCGCUCGACGUCAAUCUUCUGCAUCCAGCUACGAAAGCUUACUACGACCAGACAUAACCAAAAGUCUUCAGACAAUGCUAGCCACAACCCCAAUCGCAGAAGACUUCUAUCUUUGUGACACCACCGUAUCUCAAAAAGAGACAGAGGAGGAAAUUAAGGAAAUCUAUUUGAGCAUUCUCAACUCCUCCGAGGAAAGCAUCGUUGAGACUAAAUCAAAGACCUCCAAAUUGCUCGAUGCAAUUGCAAAUGAGCCCAUUACCGAAAAUGGCGAACCAUCUUCUGAUGAGCUAUCGCAUUUUGACCAGACCCUUCAUGUGGAUUUGCAUCUCCGCUACAUUGAACAUUUUCUAAACAAUCCACUUCCAGAGGGCUUUUUCUCGUUGGAUUGCAACCAUGGCUGGAUGAUUUACUGGCUUCUAAAUGCCUAUAGCGUGUUACUGGAUGGUGAAGUUCCAGAGCACCUCAAAAAGCCCAUAUCUGCCAAAAUUAUGCUGCUUGUGAUUGAUGAAGGCCGCGGUGGUAUUGCUGGUGGACCCCAGGGUCAAAUUGGCCAUGCAGCCUCUACAUAUGCAUCCGUGUUGGCAUUGGUGCUCAUUGGCGAUUUCGACUCGUUGGCCUUGAUCAAAAAAGGCCUUCACCAGUGGUUCCUUUCAUUGAAAGCUCCGAAUGGCUCAUUUGUAAUGCACAAGGGCGGCGAAAGCGACGCCCGUUCUACAUACUGUGUGCUCUCCGUAGCCGCGCUACUCAAUAUCCUCACAAACGAGCUCUUGGAAGGAGCCUCUGGCUUCCUUCUCUCAUGUCAAUCUUAUGAGGGUGGUUUUGCUGGCGUACCCAAUACCGAAGCUCAUGGUGGAUAUACCUUCUGCGCUUUGGCAGCCCUUUACUUAACACCGGAUGGUUUUAGGGACAUAAAUAUGGAGUCUCUUCUUCGGUGGUUAUCAGCACGCCAACUUUCAUUAGAAGGUGGCUUUUCAGGAAGAACGAAUAAGUUGGUCGAUUCGUGCUACAGUUUCUGGGUCGGAGGCUCAUUCGCGCUUCUUGAGGCAUAUCUUGACCAGGCCACUUUGUUUAAUAGACCUGCCCUUACAUCAUAUAUCUUGAACUGUUGCCAGGAUGAUAAGCGUGGUGGUCUCCGUGACAAGCCUAGUACGAGAGCUGAUUUCUACCACACCAAUUAUGCUCUCUGCGGCUUGAGCAUUGCUGAGCAUCAAUUUGUUCGAGACGGACUAUAUAACUUUGUAACUAAGGAUUGUUUGGAAGGUUCUGUUCUGACGAUUGGAGUCAACCCUAUCUUUGGCAUUCCCACUAUGCUGGUGUCUCAUUGUCUCGCAUACUUCAACGCAACCGCCAACUAA